AUAAAAAUUCUUACUUUUCCCACCUCAACAGCGGAUUCUCCUUAUCCAAAGCAGUUUGGAGUAGAGAAUGUCGGAAAGUUCAGUUGGACAAUUGCAACUUACCGUCGAAAUGGCUGGCGCACGAAUCGCCGAACACGAACUGGUCGGCGUGAUAGGCAAUAAGAAAACGCUGGGCAGCUGGUCAAUACAAGGAGCGCCGCUACUUGAACGCAGCGCUGACGACUACAAUGUGUGGACUGCGAACAUAACGGUACCGUUAAAUAAAUGGAUACGCUAUCGCUACUUUAUCGGUGUGUUGGAUGAGAAGACACAAACCGUACAACUGCGCCGUUGGGAAGUUGGCGAGCGUGCACGCGAAUUACGCUUGACACAAGCGCACGCGCAAACAGCUGAUCGUUUCGGUUUCAUAACACCGGGAAGACCGAAAAUGCGGCGCGCAUGGCUCAACGUCGGCAGCAUCGUGUUGUUCAAAUUGUUCGGCGAGGCGUUGCAGUGUAACGCGAAGGAUCAGCUUGUUGAGGCGGGCGAAGUAAUGCAGUUGAAAAUAGAACCGCUAGACGCGGUAAACCUUCUUGCGAUAGCAACAUCUGCGCGCGCAGAAAUUUUCUACACCACUUUGCAAUAUGGCUACAGUAAGCUGAAGGCUCAGCCAGACUUUGGCAUCGAAUACAAUGCAAGAGCACUAAUCUAUCAGAUAUAUAUGUUGAAUCGGAAAAAUGUUGGUUUUCUAUUGAAAUUGUUUGCAUUCAAUGGCGCCACCAAAUGUGUGCGUCUCUUAGCGCAAAGCUAUUUGCCACCCGAAGCGCUCGAGGAGAGCGAAGGUGUAUUAGAUGUGACAUUGCUCUCGCCAGACGCGGCCGCCGUGGAGCUGGCUAAAUUGGAAAUACAAUAUUUGAUCAUAAAUCCCACACUGAGUUGGCAAGUGAAGUUGAACACCACAUUCACACAGUUUUGGCCCGACCACUGGAAGGGCAUGCUGAUUGGACAUCGCGGUCUGGGACGUAGUUUUGUGGAGCAUAAUGCAGCGCUAACGCCACUCGAGAACACAGUCAGCUCGGUGAAGCGCGCAUUUGAGGCGGGCGCCGAUAUGGUGGAGUUCGAUGUGAUGCUCACCAAAGAUUUAGUACCCAUAAUAUAUCAUGAUUUCUAUGUAAUGAUGUGUCCGAACUCGUCGACAAUACCCAGCAGCGCCAGUGAUAUUGUUCCCGUACCGAUUGUCUGCUUGACUUAUGCCGAAUUACAGGCCAUGCAGACAUACAAAGUGGUCGGUGAUAGUUUGAUAGUCUGCCCUGCGCCGGAAACGGUAAGCGAUGCCGAUGAGCGUCUCUUUCCGACAUUGCAAGAGUUCUUCGAGAGAACCAACAAAAUGCUCGGUUUCAAUAUGGAAGUUAAGUGGCCGCAAGAACUGCACGCCGGCGGUUCGCAGUGUCCACAGCACAUGGACAAGAAUAAGUAUAUGGACGUCAUACUCGAUGUGGUAAAGCAGUUGAGUUGGGGACGCGUCUGCAUUUUCUCAUCCUUCGAUGCCGACACUUGCAUUAUGCUGCGUUAUAAGCAAAAUAUCUAUCCGGUUUUGCUGUUGCUCGAGUCGGAACCGUUGCUAUUUACAGAUCCACGUACGCAUUGCGUCCAGCCGGGUAUAAAUACGACAAAAGCAUUCGAUCUCAAUGGUAUCGCGACCAAUGCUUGCCUGCUGCGCAAACAUCCGAAUGCAAUGGCGAUGGCGGAACGUCAAAAUAAGUGGGUGUUUUUGUGGGGUAAUCAACUGGACGAUUGCGCUACAAUAGAUUUGUAUCGUGCUGAAGGUGUUUACGCUUUGAUUUGUGAUCGUCUUGAUUUGUUGUUGGCCUGCAAUAAGCGUAGUAUUUUCGGUACAGAUGAACAGCUGAAGAAACUCUUUGAGUUACAGCGCAGUUGUGGUUGCCGUUGAGUGGAUUUUAAUAUUUUCCGUUAUUUUUUUGUGGAAAAUUUUCAAACAUUUCAACAUACAGUCGGAGUACUUACAACUAAAACAUGUGACGA